AUGGCCGAGGAAGGCAAAGGUGCUGGAGGUGAAGUGGACGUCAACACUGCUCUACAAGAGGUGCUGAAGACCGCCCUCAUCCACGAUGGCCUAGCACGUGGCAUACGCGAAGCUGCCAAAGCCUUAGACAAGCGCCACGCCCUUCUCUGUGUGCUUGCAUCCGACAGUGAUGAGCUCAUGUAUGUCAAGCGGGUGGAGGCGCUUUGUGCUGAGCACCAGAUCAACCUGAUAAAGGUUGACGGCAACAAGAAACCAGGGGUAGGCCUCUGUAAAAUCCACCGAGAGGGGAAACCACCGAAAGUGGUUGGUUGCUGUUGCAUGGUAGUUAAGGACUGUGACAAAGAAUCUCAGGAUGUCAUCGAGGAGUACUUCAAAUACAAGAAAUGGAUAAAUAAAAUUUUGAAGAGCCAUUGUCCUUUGGACUGCUUGGACUUUGUAGAGCACGAAGCAGGAAAUCAGCCACCUCCCUGGACCCUACCCACCCUGGCAUUUUCUCUGUUGCUUCUCCCUUCCUUGAAAACAUUCCAGGAGGGCAGCUUUAUUGCCUCAGCACUCAAGUAUUGCCCGGACCACCAGCAGCCUGAGAAUCUGACAGCCCGGCCUCCUAGCAAGCCGGGGUACUCCUGUGCUCAUACUACACUUCCCCACACCCAGAGCAGUGUCCCUCAGCGGCUUCUCAUAGCCCAAUACCCGCCCGGUGGCGUGAUCAAACUUCUUGCAUCCUGCUUCCCUAAACAGGCCGAGCCCAGUGGCGAAGCGGACUCGGGAUGCCAUUAA